CAAUCUACAAUAGUUCUAAAUCUCCAUUCAUCUCAUCCUAUAAAUAUCCAAAGUACAAGAAACAACUCUUCACAAAACACCAAACUCAUAACUCGAGUUUCACUUUCACAAACAUGGCAAAAACCUCUCACACUUUCUUGCCUCUUAUCUUCCUCUCAUUCCUCACUCUUGCUGCAGCUUCCCAAUCCGGUGGCAUAGCAAUCUAUUGGGGCCAAAACGGCAACGAAGGAACCUUAUCCGAAACAUGCGCAACCGGAAAAUACACCCAUGUCAUCAUAGCAUUCCUCAACGUAUUCGGCAACGGUCAAACUCCUCAAAUGAAUCUCGCAGGUCACUGCAAUCCAUCAACAAAUUCAUGCACGAAAUUCAGCUCAGAAAUCAAAGAUUGCCAAAGUAAGGGAAUCAAAGUCUUACUUUCAAUCGGUGGCGGAAUCGGAACCUACACUUUAUCUUCAAUAGAAGAUGCAAGAAACGUUUCCACCUUUUUAUGGAACACUUUCUUGGGUGGCAAGUCAUCUUCAAGACCAUUAGGUGAUGCUGUUUUAGAUGGAAUAGAUUUCGAUAUCGAACUCGGUUCAACGCAGAACUAUCAACAUCUUGCACGUUUUCUUAAAGGGUAUUGUAGAUUUGGAAAAAGAGUCUAUCUUGGUGCAGCUCCUCAAUGUCCAAUUCCUGAUAAAUUCUUAGGCACUGCCCUUCAGACGGGUCUUUUCGACUUUGUUUGGGUUCAAUUCUAUAACAACCCUCCUUGUCAAUAUAAUGGGAACAUAACCAAUCUUGUGAGUUCUUGGAAUCAAUGGACAAAGAAUGUUCCAGCUAGGAAGAUAUUCUUGGGGUUGCCGGCGGCUACGGCGGCUGCCGGAAGUGGUUUUAUUCCGGCAGAUGUGGUGAGUUCUGAGAUUUUGCCUGUGAUUAAGAAGUCAAGAAAGUAUGGAGGGGUGAUGCUUUGGUCUAGAUUCUAUGAUUUGCAGACUGGGUAUAGCACUUCUAUUAUUGGAAGCGUGUGAUGAGUUGUUGUAAUUGGUCAAUGAUUUGGUGGCAUAUUCAAGUUGUUGUUUUAAAUUGAUAGUUGUAGUAAUAAUCAAGAAAAAUAAUGAGUUUGUGGUUUGAAAAGUAGGUGUAGUGUGUUUGUUGUUAACUUUUUAUCUCCAAUUGUGUGCAAAUGGAAUGUCCACUCUUACUUAUUGGUUUUCUUUUUGGUUGAAUGUUCUUUUUGGUUUAAUUGUG